GCAAUUAUCCUCACAACCCCAUGGGUACUACUGCCCUGUAAGAUCCAAUUGCAGCUGAAACCGAUUCCCCGCCACUCAUAAGCAGAGCCAAGAUUCAAGACUGAGAGUAGCGUAAACCGAAACACACACUACUCUGGCACUCGCUAGAACAAUGGCCUUGAGAACAAUCUCACCACCCUUUUCUACUUCUUAUCCACAAUCCCAUUUGGCAGAUUUCUUGUUCUUGAACUCACGAUCAAGAAAGUAUUUCAAUCAGUGGCGCCAAUAUCCAAAAUCCCUUUUGUUUUCAGGGCCAAGAAAGAUGGGCUUAUCCUUGAAAGCCUGUGUGAAGCUGGAGGAAAAAGGUGAUAAAAUUAGCACUCAAGUUGAGUGGGGAAAGGUAUCAGCAGUGUUGUUUGAUAUGGAUGGAGUGCUAUGCAAUAGUGAAGAGCUAUCAAGAAGGGCUGCUGUUGAUGUUUUUGCUGAAAUGGGAGUCCAAGUCACCACUGAGGAUUUUGUGCCCUUCAUGGGAACAGGUGAAGCAAACUUUUUAGGAGGAGUUGCUUCUGUUAAGGGUGUUAAUGGAUUCAAUCCUGAGGCAGCAAAGAAGAGAUUUUUUGAGAUAUAUUUAGAUAAGUAUGCGAAACCAAACUCUGGGAUAGGUUUCCCUGGUGCCUAUGACCUCAUUCAACUGUGUAAAAGCAAUGGCCUUAAAGUUGCUGUGGCAUCUAGUGCUGACCGCAUCAAGGUUGACGCAAAUCUAGCAGCUGCUGGUUUACCAGUGUCGAUGUUUGAUGCUAUAGUGUCUGCUGAUGCAUUUGAGAAUUUGAAACCUGCUCCUGAUAUAUUUUUAGCUGCAUCAAAGAUUUUGAGUGUACCAACCAGUGAGUGCAUUGUCAUUGAAGAUGCCCUAGCUGGUGUGCAAGCUGCAAAAGCAGCACAAAUGAGGUGUAUAGCCGUGACAACAACAUUAUCAGAAGAUUCACUGAAAGGAGCUGGUCCGUCUCUUAUCAGAAAGGAUAUAGGCAGCAUUUCACUUGAUGAUGUACUCAGUGGUGGCUCUGGUUGUCAUAAUAUGAAGGUGCAGGCGUCUAUUCAAUUCAUUGACCAUUCUAUUGAAACCUCACCUGUGUCCAGUGGAGCAGAGAUUAGGUCAAUACUAGAUAAAUAUUCAAGUAAAGAUGCUGUUUCCUCAGUUGAAGGGUUUCGGGGUUCUAGGCGAGAUCUUCUGAGAUAUGGCAGUCUGGCUGUUGCUGUUGGUUGUCUUCUUUUCACCAUCAACAACUGGAAGGCAAUGCAGUACGCAUCUCCUAAAGCUAUCUUGAAUCUAUUGUUCGGAGUUAGCAGCCCUCAAUGGCAAGUCAGCAAAGAUGAAUCUGGUUCAGUAAGAAUCCAACAAUUUGUGGACUAUAUAGCAGAUCUUGAGAACAGUGGAAGAGCACCAGAGGUGCCUGAAUUUCCACUUAAGCUCGACUGGUUGAACUCAGCUCCUCUUCAGCUAGGCAGGGAUCUAAGAGGAAAGGUGGUUCUCUUGGAUUUCUGGACAUAUUGUUGUAUAAAUUGUAUGCACGUGCUACCAGAUCUGGACUAUUUGGAGAAGAAAUACAAAGAUAUGCCUUUUGUUGUUGUGGGGGUUCAUUCAGCAAAGUUCGAUAAUGAGAAAGAUUUAGAGGCAAUUCGAAAUGCAGUUCUGCGGUACAAUAUAACUCAUCCAGUGGUCAAUGAUGGAGAUAUGAGUUUAUGGAGAGAAUUAGGUGUUAAUUCAUGGCCUACCUUUGCACUCAUUGGUCCAAAUGGAAAGCUUCUUGCGCAGUUAGCUGGUGAAGGUCGCCGAAGGGAUCUUGACAAUCUGAUUGAGGCAGCUCUGCUAUUUUAUGGUCAAAAGAAGAUGUUGGAUAGCUCACCUAUUCCUUUGAGGCUGGAGAAAGAUAAUGAUCCUCGUUUAUCUACAUCACCAUUGAAGUUUCCGGGCAAGCUGGAAGUUGAUGUUCUCAACAACCGGCUAUUCAUUUCAGAUAGCAAUCACAACCGAAUAGUGGUCACUGACCUUGAUGGGAACUUCAUAGUUCAAGUUGGGAGCUCAGGAGAAGAGGGUUUACGUGAUGGCAACUUUGAUAAUGCCACCUUCAAUCGCCCACAGGGACUGGCUUACAAUGCAAAGAAGAACCUCCUGUAUGUAGCAGAUACUGAAAAUCAUGCAUUAAGAGUGAUUGAUUUUGUCAACGACACUGUUCGAACUCUUGCCGGAAAUGGAACCAAAGGGUCAGACUAUGACGGGGGAAAAACAGGAGAUGCUCAGCUUCUUAAUUCUCCCUGGGAUGUCUGCUUUGAGCCCCUGCAUGAGAUUGUUUACAUUGCGAUGGCCGGUCAGCAUCAAAUCUGGGAACACAACACCACCAAUGGUGUUACAAGAGCAUUUAGUGGUAACGGAUAUGAGAGAAAUUUGAAUGGUUCUAGCUCGAUAAAUACAUCAUUUGCACAACCUUCUGGAAUUUCAUUAUCUCCUGAUUUGAAGGAAGCAUAUAUUGCUGAUAGUGAAAGUAGCUCAAUUCGAGCACUUGACCUAAAAACAGGAGGAUCAAAAUUACUGGCUGGUGGUGAUCCAGUUUUUUCAGAGAAUUUGUUCAGGUUUGGGGACCAUGAUGGAGUAGGCUCUGAAGUACUUCUUCAACAUCCGUUAGGUGUCUACUGUGGAAAAGAUGGUCAGAUUUAUCUGGCAGACUCAUAUAAUCACAAGAUCAAGAAGCUGGAUCCUGCAAGCAGAAGAGUGAGUACGUUAGCAGGUACAGGGGAGGCUGGUUUUAGGGAUGGAGGGGCACUGGCAGCUCAGCUUUCAGAGCCUUCUGGACUUGUUGAAGCAGAAGAUGGAAGACUAUUCAUAGCAGAUACCAAUAAUAGUUUAAUUAGGUACUUGGACCUCAAGACGAAAAAGCCUGAGCUUCUUACAUUAGAGUUAAAGGGAGUUCAACCUCCUACGCCAAAGUCAAGAUCCUUGAAGCGCCUUAGAAGGCGAUCUGGAGCUGAUAAAGAGACCAUUGUCAUAAAUGGUGGUUCAUCCAGUGAGGGUAAUCUAAUACUCAAAAUAUCAGUGCCUGAAGGAUACCAUUUCUCGAAGGAAGCACGCAGUAAAUAUAGCAUCGAUGUUGAACCAGAGAAUGGUGCUUUUAUUGACCCUCUGGAAGGGAAUCUUAGCUCAGAAGGAUCUGCGGUGCUACACUUUAAAAGAGCCUCUCCUUCAUCUGCCAUCGGGAGAAUUAAUUGCAAGGUGUACUACUGCAAGGAAGAUGAAGUAUGCUUGUAUCAAUCUUUGACCUUUGAAGUACCAUUCCAAGAUCUGAAUCCAAACUCUGUCCCAGCAGACAUCACCCUUCCUUAUACUGUCAAGCCAAAAACAACUAGAAGUAGCUUAGAUGUACCAGUUGCCCGUUGAGUAUUGUAUGGACAUUACAACUCGCGGAUGUUCACUGCAGAUUCUAUGAACUCCCGUCAGCCUGGACAGAGAACUGUUUUAUUACAUAUAGAUUAAGGUGUAUACAUGUUCUUGUACCAUUUAGAAAUUUAAUUAGCCUAACGUUACCAAUUGUCCCUACAUCACAUUCUUUUCCCCCUUGAAACCAUGAGGCUCAAUUUGUAGAGAAAAAAAGGGGUUGGAUCCCACCAUCUCAUCUCUCACCCUUUUGUGUUUUGUAAUCCUCUUGACAUGCAUAUCCUGUAAUGUAAAAUUCACAUGUAAAUGAUAAGGAGGUGUCUGGGGGUAGUACAAAAUGGUCUCGAGGGUGGCUGCAAAGAAUCAUUGCAACUUUGGACCCUUUUACAUAUAACCAGUUGAGGGAGAAUUCUCCUCUCCUAUACAUGAAAGGAUAAAAUAUGUACUUGUACAUUUGUUCUCUGGAGGGUGGAAUAUAACUGUUUAGUUUUCA